UAAAAGCUGAAACAGCGGAAAAUAAUUCACUUUAAAUCUAAUCAUGAAAUACUUCGUUGUUGCUUUGAUUUCUGCAGUAUUCUUUAUUGGAAUCUGCCAAGCUCUCAAUCCUUCUAGGAAAUGUAGGUUAGACUACAAAGAUAAGGUCAUAUCUGAAUCAUGCAUCCUUCACUGUGAGUACAAAGCUUACGGAUUUGCCAAUGAUAAAUACGACAUCAAGAGGAAACAAAUCGACCAAUUCGUUGAUGUUCUAAUUAAUGGAAAAGCCGUGGCCAGUGAUAAGAGGCAAAAAUUGGAGAAUCUUUUAAGAGGAUGCGCAAACAAAGCAAGAGACAAGAAUCCCAAACUUGGAUGCCAUACAAGUAUUGACUAUUACAGAUGCAUUGUUGCUGAUCAAAAAUUGAUCAACUACAGCAAAUUUGUAGGUGCUAUUAUUGCCCAUGAUAAAAAAAUCAAUUUAAAUUAAUAUACUAAAUGUACAAAAAAUCUAAUUGCUUCUGAAAAUCUAUCAAUAAAAUGAAUAGAAAAACUUAAAA